UUAUGUGUGUAAGUGUAUUUGAGCUUACCGUGGGAUUACUAGUCGGUUCACUAUAUUUGUUUUCUCAGUAAAAUCUACAUUUAGUUUGAAAAUAAGUUUAGUCAGGAAAACUAAGUUUUUUUCAGCUUGAUCAAAUUUCAAUUUUUCAUUAAAAUGCUUAUGGUCGAAGUAUUUACAUUAAUAUUGUUUUAUGGAAACAUUGUAAUGUGCGUGGACGACCGAAUAACUCAAUUAAAAAAUCUACUUGCUUACCCAGGAUGGAAAGUUUUAGAAAAUACUAAAAUUUUGGAUAGUAAUAAUUUUGUAACUGAAUACAAUACAAAUAUUAUUAAUGAAAACUAUGAUGAAGCUGUUAGAAAAAUAUCGAUUAUCUAUACAUGCAUGAUCUCAGGAAAAAUAAAAGAUCUAAUGGUUUUGCUACAAAAGUUUUUAAUGCAAUGUUGGCAUGAUGAGAAAAGUGACAAUAUAGAUCGUUACUACAAUUGUGCAGAAAAUAUUAUAACUAGUGUAAGAGCUGUAAGCACAUCGUUAACUCACGUUCUUAAUGCUCUAAUGUUUUUAUACCAUCUUAGUCCAACAUUUCUAGACAUCAGACUAGCCUAUAAAGCUUUAUUAACAUUAAAAUUGUACACUGACAGGAAAUCUGAAUUAACACCUACUUUUAAAAGUGUAAAUGGUAUUGUUGAUAAAAUUACUAUAAAUAAAGAGCUCAAUGAAAUGGAUUGGAUUUUAUCAUUGGCUACUAGCUAUUUACAAAUGUAUGAUAUUGAAUAUUGUGAUAUAGAUGACAUUAAAGUCAAUAAUUGUUUUUAUAAAAUCCCAGAUAAUGAAAUUCUUUGUACUUCAGAAGAAUCAAAAUUGUUAAUUGAUACUUUGAAAGAUAACAUUUUAAAUAUGAAUAGGGAUUUGAUAAAACUUUAUUUUGAAAUGGGCUUCACAAAUUAUUCAAAAGUAUGUACAUGCUCAACUUUUAAAGAAUUAAAUUUGAUUUGGUUUAUUAUGCAAGAGAACUGCCCAGAAGGAUUGCCAAAUGUUAUACCUUGGUUUGGUGAGAUAAAAGAUGUUUCAGAGGUAAAAAAUGAUAUAAGAAAAAGUUACGAUACGGCUGGUAUAGCAUUAUAUCAAAAAUCUACUCUUAUAGUAAUAACCCAAAUAUUUUAUACAAAAAUUUUAAACUGCAUUCAAAAUAUAAAAAAUAAAAUAAAAUUUGAAAAAGCAUCAUAUCUAGGAACACUGCAAAAAUUUUUUAAUUUUCCUUUCUUCGAGAGUUCUUCUUCUACAUCAGUUUUAACCAAAAGUCGACAAACAAAUAACAUUUUAGAAGAUUUCUGGAAAGAAAUUCAAUCCUUGUUACUUAAAUUUAAAAAUAAUCUCCUUUUACCCGAAGACAUCCAAAUUACAUUAACUGUUAUGGAUAUUUUAAUUACAGAUUUAACUACCCAUGAAAAAUACGAACAGAUAAAUGAAAAAAUUGUAGAUCUUUUAAAUCGACGUCUAAAAACCACGGGACUUGAUUUAAACAUAAAAUUGAGUGAGACUGUUGAAGAUGACUUACUUUUAUUGGAUAAUUUUAUAAACGAGUUUGUAAAGAUGAAAAUAAUGGUAGAAGGUUUAGUAAAGAGUUAUAUUUUAUUUAAAUAUCCUGACCACGCUCAACACUCAUUAAAUAAUGUAAUAAAAAUAAUACAUCAAGUGUUACCCAAAAACAAUUUUUGCGAUUUUACAUUUAAACUAAUAGAACUUUUCAAUUACAUUGAUAAAUUAUUAGAAAGAUAUAUCGAAUCACCUACAAUGUUUUCUUUGAGGUUAAGUACAGUAAUACAUGAGCUAGAAAGAUUAUCCCAAUCAAUAUCUAAAAAUACCAAUUUUAUAUUGAACAAAGAUUUAUCAAGUCAACACUUUCACUUUACUAACGCUUUAAUUUUAAUGCUUUUAUACACGAAUAAUAUUAACGAGUUUCCUAUAAAGUUAAGUACUAAUCAGGGUGAUCAGAGAUUUGUUAUAAUUGAACAGCUUAAACGUCUUAAUAUGUUAAUAAUUAAUCAAUUUAAACUGUAUUCUAUAAAUAACUGCUAUAAUAAACAAAAUUUAAAAAAAUUUUGUGAAGCUGAAAUAAAGGCAGAAGAUUUUCAAAUAUCCCAUUUAGUUGACAAAUGUUUAAAAAUAUUAAAUAAUAUAGAUUUGGAUUAUGUAUCAAGUUCGAAUAAGUCGCAAAAAUAUAUUAAUAGUUGUGACUUCAGUUUAUACGCAGUAAUGUAUGGUAAACUUUUUGAUCUAACAGACGAAGAAAAAACACAUGUAGAAUCUAUAAAUCAUAUAAAAUUUCAAUGGAAAGGUUCUUACAAUGAUAUUUAUUCAAUUCGACUAAAAGUCUUAAAUGAUCUAUCAGCAAAAAGUGUUUCGGAAUUUCAAGUUUUAAUAGAAAACACAAUAUUAUCUUUAAUUCUUGGUUACAUAUUAAAUAUUUUACAAUGUAUAAACCACAAUUAUAACUGCAAAUUAAAUUCACAGCAAAUCAAUACAAUAUUAUUUAAGAUGGAACAACUUGAAGGUGAAUUAUUUUCUUUUUCGAAAUUUGAUGACCUUGCAGAUUUGUUUGACCAUUUUCGAUUGUUUAUAAGUUUUGAACAACCUUCUAAAUAUAUUUCAAACAUUCUUAUAGUAAUUAUUGAAAAUAAACUAUUGUCAUAUAGAGCAGAUCUAAAGACAUUUUAUGAAAUAACUAAACAAAAUGCAUUUGAAAGGGAUUGUGAUAUAGACGAUAUAAUACAAUCAUUGAUAAAUUAUAUUGAUAUAAUACUUAAUAUAUACAUGAAUGAUAUAAAAUGCGUCACUAAACACUUGAAAUUAAAUUUAUGAUUCGUGUUAUCUUAUAUUAAUAUUUAAGAGAAAGUAUAUUAUUUGUGUGAAAUAUUUUUAAAUUUGAAGAAACAAUUUAAAAUUGGUAGCUUUCACCAAUACUUCUAUAAAGU